UAAACCAGCUGUAUGCAAAUACUAUAUUGCAUGUUAUUUAUCUGUUUCUUUUCCCUCCCUGACUUAGGAGCUAAUUCCUCUAAUCCUGUGUACAGCUUGCCUCCACCCUGAACCCAAGGAGAGGGAUCAGCUUCUACACAUUCUGUUCAACCUAAUUAAACGUCCAGAUGAUGAACAAAGACAGAUGAUUUUAACAGGCUGUGUAGCAUUUGCUCGGCAUGUUGGACCUACCCGUGUUGAGGCUGAACUUUUACCACAGUGCUGGGAGCAGAUCAAUCACAAAUAUCCAGAGCGAAGAUUGCUGGUGGCUGAAGCCUGUGGAGCCCUUGCACCCUACUUGCCUAAAGAGAUUCGCAGUUCAUUGGUGCUCUCAAUGCUGCAGCAGAUGUUGACAGAGGAUAAGGCAGAUCUUGUGCGAGAAGCAGUCAUUAAAAGCCUUGGUAUUAUUAUGGCUUACAUUGAUGAUCCUGACAAAUAUUUGCAGGGUUUUGAAUUGCAGAUGUCUGCCUUAAAUGACCCCUCAGAAAGGGUAAUUAAUGCUACGCAUCAAGUUUUCCUGCCAGCUUUUGCAGCAUGGACCACAGAGCUGGGUAAACUUCAGUCCCAUCUCAUUCCGACUCUGCUAAGCAACAUUGAAAAAAUACUCAGGGAUGGAGAGCAUGGACUCGACGAGCAUAAACUCCACCUACAUCUUUCAGCCAUGCAAUCACUAAUUCCGCCACUUUUUGCACUGGUUCUGAAAAAUGCUCCUUUUGCAAGUAAAGCAAAGCUUCAAGGAGAAGUGCCACAGAUAGAGGUGACAAGAUUCCCGCGACCGGCCUCCCCUCUUCAAGAUGUGGCGACAAUCAUUGGAAGCCGAGAACAGUUAUCAGUGCUAUUGCAACUCUAUGAUAAUCAACUAGAACAUGAGGGCACAACUGGCUGGGAGAACCUUCUGUGGGUCGUUAACCAGCUAUUACCACACUUGAUAGAAACUGUUGGUAAAAUUAAUGUUACCUCCACAUCCUGUGUCCAUGAUUUCUCCCGGUAUUUCUGGAGGCUGUGUCGGACGUUUGGUAAAAUUUUCACAAAUACGAAGGUAAAACCACAGUUCCAAGAAAUACUAAGGCUUUCAGAAGAAGCUGUUGACGUAUCGGCCACAGCCGGCAAUGGGGUGCUAACAAAGGCAACAGUUCCCAUAUAUGCAACAGGGGUACUCACUUGUUACAAUCAGGAAGAAGACCGGAAACUCCUCGUGGGAUUUUUGGAAGAUGUAAUGACCACACUUUCGUUAUCUCAUGCACCUCUUGAUAGUCUGAAGGCUUCAUUUGUGGAACUAGGAGCAAAUCCAGCAUACCAUGAGCUGCUGUUAACAGUUUUGUGGUAUGGUGUUGUGCACACUUCAGCGCUUGUUAGAUGCACUGCUGCUAGAAUGUUUGAGCUGAUCGUGCGAGGCAUGAAUGAAGCCUUAAUUGACAAGCGGGUUGCACCGGCUCUUGUUACCUUAUCCAGUGACCUUGAAUUCUCAGUACGAAUAGCUACAAUACCUGCUUUUGGCACUAUUAUGGAAACAGUAACCCAGAGAGAGCUUUUGGAAAGAGUCAAGAUGCAGUUGGCUUCGUUUCUUGAAGAUCCACAGUACCAUGAUCAACACUCUCUGCACGUGGAAAUAAUCAAGACUUUUGGAAGAGUUGGGCCGAAUGCUGAACCAAGAUUUAGGGAUGAAUUUGUUCUCCCUAACCUACACAAGUUGGCGAUCUCAAACAACCAGCAAGCAAUUGACACAAAAAGAUUGGACAUUGCCAUUCAGUUGUUUGAAGCCUAUAGUGCAUUGUCCUGUUGCUUUAUUUCGGAAGAACUGAUGGUAUGCCAUUUUCUCCCUGGACUGAAGUGUUUGCGAACGGAUAUGGAGCACCUUUCGCCAGAGCAUGAGGUUAUUCUCGGCUCCAUGAUUAAGGAAUGUGAACAGAAGGUAGAAAACAGGACAGCCCAAGAGCCCCAGAGCUCUAUGUCUAUUGCUGCAAGUCUUGUAAGUGAAGACACAAAGACAAGGUUCUUGAAUAAAAUGGGCCAGCUCUCCACUUCUGGUGCAAUGUUGGCAAAUGUGUUCCAGAGGAAGAAGUGAUUUGAAGCAAGACAGUCCAUUUACACUAAAUUGACCUCUUGUCGGUCAAAAAUCUUGUACUUGAAGUAAAUUUUUUGCCUUUUUAAACAAUUUUGUUCUGGUAAUUAUUUUAUUCUAACUUCCAAAGAUAUUUGCACUUAAUAUUUUUGUGUGUAUAUUGUGUUUCCUGUGUGAUGGGUGUAAAGACGAUAGUGUCGGUGUCUAUGUAUUUUGUUGUCUUUUGCUGUAUCCAGUAUUUUCUCAUAUGGGCAAUUUUUUUUCUCCUUAGUCUGCAAAUGAGACUUUGAACAGUAAAUACUUGUAUUAUACACUGAAGCACUAUAUCUGUAACCUCUUGGAUAUAUUGUAAAUUCCACAUCGGUGUCAAAAUAAUGAAGUGAAAACCAUUUGUGUAUUUAAUUAUGGGGGAUCCGUUCAGACUGCUUUUAUGGACUGGAUUCUUGACUGAUGAUUAAAAAGUCACCAGCAUAUUCCUGUGCCUUCCGACCAGAAGAAAGCAAGACUACAGCAUAAUACAUGACCUUGGAAAUUGCCAUAGGGAAGCUGUUUUGUCACUUAGUGUUUCUUUUUAAAUUCAGAACUAUUUUCUGUUGUGUUGCAGUAAAAAUGACCUCUUUCUUUGCAAUAAGCAGUUAAAUAGUUCAGUUGUGUUGAUGAAGAAGCCACGAUUUCUUUACUAACUUUACACUUGUAAAAUCAGGAAUGUGAAUUAGCGUAUCUGUUUUGUGAUGUUUAUAUCAAAAGACAUUGCAGAAAGGCUGUGAAUAUUGAAUUCCUGCAUAGCUUUUAAUUCAGCUCAGUUUUAACUGUGACCAAGGGAUGUCGGUUACAUUUAACUGAACAAAUGAACCAAACGCAAGCUGCAUGAGUGUACUGUUUACCUGCAGUGCAAUACUUUUUUUUCCAUGUAAAGUUCGGAGAUUAUUAUAUUUCACUAGCUGGAAGUUUGUGUAAUCUUAAUAUAAAUCUUAUAAUGUUUGUUUGCGCUGGUUGAAAGAUUUCAAGCAAAACACAGUAGAUUAGAUAUUCAAUAAUGUAAUUUUAAAUAGUUUGUGAAUGGUGAUUGAAACAAUAAAAGUAUUUCUGUGCCACGAUCCCUUUUACGUUAAUCAUGUAGCAUUCUUACCUUUGAGUAUGGAGGAACUGACCAAAACACUUGCACGAAUAAAGUUUAAAGAUUUU